UCAGGUUCCUAUCUAUUUUUUGCGUUGACCUCGGCCCUCAUAAAUCGGAACAAUGUCUUCCUCCGGCAGAAAGCACGACGUUUUCCUUAGCUUCAGAGGCGAAGACACACGUGUCGGCUUCACAAGCCAUCUGCAUAGUGCUCUUGAUCGGAACCAAAUCGACACAUACAUAGAUUAUAAUCUCAGAAAGGGAGAACAAGUUUGGCCCAAACUAUCCGAAGCAAUCGAGGGCUCACGUCUCGCCAUCGUGGUUUUCUCUGAGAAUUAUGCCUCUUCAAAGUGGUGUAUGGAAGAGUUGGUUAAGAUAAUGGAGUGCAGAAAAUUAGAGGGGCUUGUAGUGAUACCUGUGUUCUAUGAGACUGAUCCUUCGGACGUAAGGAACCAAACAGGGACUUACGACAAAGCGUUGGCAAAGCUUGAGAGAGAUCUUGGAAGUGCCCUCAGAUUCAAGGUGCAUAAGUGGAAGGCUGCUCUCACUGAAGCUGCCAACUUAUGUGGAUGGGACUCUCGCACACACAGGGACAAUUCUGAACUUAUUCAGAACAUUGUUAAUGACGUUCUGCAAAAAUUGUACCUGAGAUACCCUAAUGAAAUAGAAAGGCUCAUUGGAAAUGACAAAGCCAGGACAGACAUUGAAUCAUUAUUGGAAAAAGUUCAAGUAAUUGGAAUAUGGGGCAUGGGGGGUAUAGGCAAGACAACCAUUGCAAAAGCUGUGUUUGCCAAACACUUUCCUCAACAUGAAAGUUCAUGCUUCUUGGCCAAUGUAAGAGAAGAAUGGACAAAGCUUGGACCAACACAUUUACGUGAUAAGCUUAUCUAUGACAUACUGAAGGAACAUAUUCCCUCAUCUAAUGUUGUAGGAUCCACAUUCAUCAACCGCAGGGUCCUUAGUAAAAAGGUCCUCAUUGUUCUUGAUGAUGUGGAUAGUGUUGAGCAAUUAGAGUAUUUGUGUGGAGAUCAUGGUGACCUUGGACCAGAUAGCAAACUCAUUAUAACAACAAGAGAUAGACAGAUGCUUGUGGGAAGAGUUGAUGAAAUAUAUGAACUCAAGGGAUUGAACUUUCAAGAAUCUCUAACUCUUUUUUCCUUGAAUGCCUUCAAGGUAAAGUACCCUGAAGAGGGAUAUAAACAUCUCUCAGAAAGGGUAGUUGAUUAUGCCGGUGGAGUUCCAUUAGCUCUAAAGGUUUUGGGUUCAUAUCUUUAUAAGAAGAGUAGAGUGUUUUGGGAAAAUGCAUUGAAAAAAUUGAGAGAUUAUCCUAAUUUGAAAAUUCAAAGUGUGUUAAAAGUGAGCUAUGAUGGAUUAGACGAGCUAGAGAAAGACAUAUUUCUAGAUAUUGCAUUCUUUUUCAAGGGAAAAGAUAAAGAUUAUGUCAUAAAGAUAUUAGAUGCUUGUGGUUUCUACACGGCACUUGGAAUAGAUGUUCUUGUGAAUAAAGCUCUUUUAACAGUAUCUUAUAACAAUAGACUUCAAAUGCAUGACUUGCUAGAGGAAAUGGGUUUGGAUAUAGUUCGUCAUGAAUGUGAGAAAGACCCUGGAAGAUGCAGUCGACUGCGAAAUAUUAAAGAAGUUUAUGAUGUCCUUAAAAAUAACAAGGGGACUGACAGAAUUCAAGGCAUAGCAUUAGAUUUAUCUGAAGUUCAAGAUUUGUACUUGGAGGCUGAUACAUUUAGCAUGAUGAUCAAUUUAAGAUUCCUUAGAUUCCAUCUUCCUUCGGGUAGGAGAUCAGCUGAUGUGUUCCACCCUAGAGCCCUCAAGUCAUUUUCUGAAAAAUUGAGGUACUUUGAGUGGCAUGGAUACCCCUUUAAGUCUCUUCCACCUAAUUUCUGUGCUAAGUUGCUUGUUGAGAUUCGCAUGCCGUGGAGCAAUGUUAAAGAACUUUGGCAGGGGAUUCAAGACCUUGUGAAUUUGGAGGGCAUUGAUCUGAGUGAAUGCAAACAACUGAUAAAGCUUCCAGAUUUAUCCAGGGCAUCAAAGCUUAAAUGGGUGUAUCUCUCGGGCUGCGAAAAUUUGUGUGUUGUUCAUCCAUCUGUUUUGAGUUUGGAUACACUUGUGACUUUGAUAUUAGAUGGAUGCAAAAAAUUGAAGAGCCUUAAAGGUGAAAAGCAUUUAGCAUCUUUGGAGAAGAUCAGUGUCAAUGGCUGCUCAAGUCUCAGGGAAUUUUCAGUGUCAUCGGAUUUAAUUGAAAGGCUGGAUUUGAGUAACACCGGAAUCCAAAUGUUGCACUCAUCAAUCGGGCAUCUACACAAACUUGUGUGGCUCAAUCUAGAAGGUCUAAGACUUAAGAAUCUUCCAAAUGAGUUAUCUUCCUUGAGAUUUCUUGAGGAGCUUAGGAUUUCUAACUGCAUACAAGUAAUUGACAAACAAAAACUCCAUAUUUUAUGUGAUGGCUUAGAAUCUUUGAAAAUACUGCAUUUGAAGUAUUGUGACAAAUUGUCUGAACUACCUGAUAACAUCGAUCGCUUAUCGAAGUUAAAUGAAUUAAGACUAGAUGGAAGCAGUGUGGAGAGGCUGCCGACAAGCAUCAAGAAUCUUCAACAACUAGAGAUUCUGUCCUUAAAGAAUUGUAGGAAGCUCCGGUUUCUAGCAGAGCUUCCACCAUUCAUCAAAGAGUUUUGUGCUGAUAACUGCACAUCAUUGGUGGCAGUAUCCACUUUGGCGAGUUUUGCAGCAAAAAUGAAGGGAAAGAAGAAACUCAUUUCAUUCAAGAAUUGCAUGAAACUGGAUAGACGCUCACACCAGCGCAUUAUAGAAGCAGCACAAUUAAUAAUGAUGAGUGCUUCAUAUUAUGAUGUAAUAUUAAGGUGGUACAGUGCAGAUGCACAAAACUACAUCUGUAACAAUGUUGAAGUUUGUUUAGUAGGAAGCAAUAUCCCAAAGCAGUUCAAAUAUCGAACAACAUCCUCCUCCAUUGCCAUUCUACUUCCAACGCAAUACAACAUGCCAGGUUUCAUUUACUCUCUGGUUCUUUCUCCAUCUCAUGAAAUGAAGAAGCAUGGAGUUAAAAUCCAAUGUCAAUGUUACUUGGCAGAUGGUAAAGAGAUUGGGAAUACAAGUACAUGGCAUUACAAUGCCAUCAGGGAUUUGAAUUCGGAUCACAUUUUUGCAUGGUAUGAUCCACUCCAUUGGGACAGCAUUUGCAGG